UGUAGGGAGCAGGGCGAUGUCGGCCCAUCUGCAGUGGAUGAUCAUUCGCAACCGCUCCAGCUUCCUGCUCAAGCAGAACAAACAGACCUACAGCACCGAGCCGAACAACCUGAAGGCCCGAAACUCCUUCCGCUACAAUGGGCUGAUCCAUCGCAAGACGGUCGGCGUGGAGCCCGCGGCCGAUGGGAAGGGGAUCGUGGUGGUGCUGAAGAAACGGGCAGGCCAGCACAAGCCAGCCACAUCCUAUGAGAAGAUGACCAUUAACAAGAAUUCUCCCUCAGGUUAG